GGCAUCCGCUCAGGACAGGAUAGUGACUGCGAACUCUGAGAGACGCGCUACUUUGUUUAUUUCUACCGACUUGACCUCGGGAUGUGAAGUAAAGCUGUUACCAGAUUUCAAAUAACUAUUUUCACACUAAUACAUUUGAUUUAUUGUCGCGGGGAAUAAGACGCAUAUUUGAAAAUGAACCCUCCGUGUGCGCGCUGUGGGAAAAUUGUCUAUCCGACGGAGAAAGUCAACUGCCUUGAUAAGAAUUGGCAUAAAGGAUGCUUCCACUGCGAGGUGUGUAAGAUGACUCUGAACAUGAAGAACUACAAAGGCUACGAUAAGAAGCCCUACUGCAAUGCGCAUUACCCGAAGCAGUCCUUCACCAUUGUGACUGACACCCCAGAGAACCUGAGGCUGAGACAUCAGAGUGAGUUACAGAGCCAGGUGAAAUACAAAAAGGACUUUGAGGAUAGCAAAGGCAGAGGCUUCAGCAUUGUAUCGGACACGCCAGAGCUGCAGAGACUGAGAAAGACACAGGAGCAGAUCAGUAAUGCAAAGUACCAUGAGGACUUUGAGCGCACGAAGGGCCGAGGAUGCACCCCAGUGAUGGAGGACCAAAACAUGGAGAGAAUGCACCACCGGAACAACCUGAUGAUGAGCGAGGCAGCCUACAAGGGAGUACACCAUCAGGUGGUAGAGAUGGACAGGAGACCUGGAGGCAUCAUCGUAGCUCCUGUGCUACCUGGGGCGUACCAUCAGAGUGCCCAGCCGCAACAGCCGGGGUACGGCUACAUGCACCAGACCAGCAUGUCCUCUGUGAGGUCUCAGCAGUCCCCCCCAUCUGUCACCAUGGUUCCAACGCAAACAGUCUAUUCUUCUACAAGAGUUUACCGGGCGCUCUACGACUACGCAGCGCAGGACCACGACGAGGUGUCCUUCCGCGACGGUGAUGUAAUCGUCAACGCUCAGCCCAUCGAUGAGGGCUGGAUGUACGGCACCGUUCAGAGGACCGGCAAAUCAGGCAUGCUCCCUGCCAACUACGUGGAGUGCUUCAACUAAGGGCCGCAUCUCAAUAUUCUUUAAGCGAUUUCCUUUCCUCUCUCCUUAUCUCCUCUCCUCCAUCAGCACUGAUGUGAAAACAAAAAGAUUGGAUAGGCGGAAGGGAUAAGGCGGACUGGAUGCCUACUGGGAAAUUGACUUCCACCAGUUCUUUUAAUUUCAGUACAGUUGAAGGAGAGGAUAUGAGGAAAGGAGGCCAUUCUAGAUUAUUGAAAUGCACCCAAGGGGCUAGCCUUACCAUGGUUUGGUGGAGUCCUCUCCCCAAGUGUCUGUUUGAAGUCUAGUCCUGGAGGGCUACUGUACAUGAGCAGAGAUAAAGGAACUAGGUGGUGUUGUUCAGUUUACUCUGUCUAGACUACAGACCCAAACUAUCAUAGCUACUGUACAUUACCCGCUGAAAAUGGUCAUGGAAAAGUGUAUCAUGUAAUAAUACGUUUUGCUUUUGAUUUAAUUUAAAGCAUUGGUGGCUUGUCCCACGUGAACAGUUAAUGAAAAAAUAUAUAUAAUUCAAUCAGAGAAUUGUAACCCUCAAAUAGACAACAUUUAGCCGACAAAAAAUGACCUAUUCAAUGGAAUACAUUUACCACUUUCUGGGAGAAGUCGAAAACAUCAUGAUUCCCACACUUGAAACCACAUUUGAAUUCGUUAAGCAGUUUCUAAUUUUUUCACACAAACGUUGUGUUGACUUCAUGAUUCCAAACGUGCAUUCUUGCAGCACAAGACCAAUAAUGUUUUCGACUUAUCCUGGAAAAGCGGUUAGUGGGUUUGCUUGAAUAGCGCCCAACCAGUCCUCCAGCACUGGAAUAGGGAGGGACCCGCUUUCUUCUUAUACUCCUUUGUAUUUCAAUUAUUAUAUUUUGCAUUUGGACAUCAAUACUAACUUUGUUUCAUGUACAAAUUAGGGGAGAGGGAGUGAAGGAGAAAUGACAUUUUCAGGACAAUCCUGAGUGAUUGCCAGACAGCUUCAUUCUGUUUCGGUCUGAUGACAUAAAGGUUUAAACCAGCUCCACAAGUAAAUAUAGUUGAUACAAACUCUAAUUGAGUCACACCAUCUCACCUCUUGCUUUGAGUUCAGUGGAGUGUUUACAUCUCAAAUACCAGUUUAGCCUCACACAGGCUUUAAUUAGAUGAUGUCCUCUUCGCGCUAACUAGCAACAUGGUUGUCAUAUGUUGCCAUCUAAACAGUGUCAAGUAAGAAUGGUACAGUGCCUUGCGAAAGUAUUCGGCCCCCUUGAACUUUGCGACCUUUUGCCACAUUUCAGGCUUCAAACAUAAAGAUAUAAAACUGUAUUUUUUUGUGAAGAAUCAACAACAAGU